AGUGCUUCUUUAUAUAUGAUCCAAACUUCUAAUACAAUUUUCUAAGAAACCAACCAGGAUAUAUAAUGGACUCUGCAACUGGAGAGUCAUCAACAUCAGCACAACUUUGUGUCCGUUUUUCUCUUGUAGAGAUCCAAUCUGCAACAAACAAUUUUGAUGAUGAACUAGUCAUUGGACAUGGAGGAUUCGGAAAGGUGUACAAAGGUUGUUUGUGUACCGAUGAAACGAGUCACGUUGUUGCGGUCAAACGGCUGGAUUCUAUGUCUAAUCAGGGUGCACCAGAAUUCAAGGCUGAAAUAGAGAUGCUCUCUAAGCUGCGCCACCUUCACUUGGUGUCACUUAUUGGUUUUUGUGACGAUAACCAGGAGAUGAUCCUUGUUUAUGAGUAUAUGCCACGGGGAACCUUGUAUGAUCAUCUACACAAAGCUGGUACUCCUUUAAGUUGGUUGCAACGUGUCAAGAUAGCCAUAGGUGCCGCACAUGGGUUGGACUACCUUCACACUGGCACUCUACAUGGAGUCAUACAUCGUGAUGUGAAGAGUGCAAACAUUCUUAUAGAUGAGAAUUGGGGAGCUAAGAUUUCGGAUUUUGGUUUGUCCAAAAUAGGCCCAACAAGUCAUUCAUAUUCUUAUGUUGAUGCGAGUGUUAAAGGCACGUUCGGGUAUCUUGAUCCAGAGUAUUUCUGUACAAGAAAAUUAACAAGGAAAACAGAUGUGUAUGCGUUUGGGGUUGUAUUAUUUGAAGUUCUAUCCGGAAGGCUUGCAGUUGAUGAACGAAUUAGGGAGGAACAAUAUAGUUUAGUAAGGUGGGCUCAAAAAUGUGUAAAAGAAAAGAAAUUUGAUCAGAUGGUUGAUUCUAAUAUCAAAGGAACACUUUCUCCAUUAUGUUUAAGACGGUUCGCUCAAAUUGCAGAUCGUUGUGUCCACAGUGUUCCGAAAGAACGGCCUACCAUGAGUGAGGUAGUGACCUCACUCCAGGCUUUACUUGAACUACAAGAGUCAUCAGGCAGAAUGGGUUUCUCUUUGAAGAUUCAUAGUUAUACUGUUCCACUGACUAGACAAAACUCUAGUAUACACAAACUUUUCAUCAUGGGGAUUAACAUGUUAAAUUCCUUGUCUGCAAGAAAAUUUUCAGACCAAAGUGGAACAAGUUCACCAAAGACCCUUGACAACAACAUGAAUCGGCAUGAGGAAUUAGUGAUCACAGACGUAAAAAUGUUCACAUAUGAUGAGCUAAAACUUGCUACGAGGGAUUUCGAAAAUGAAACAUGCUUGGGUGAGGGGAGAUAUGGAAAGGUUUACAAAGGUUGGGUUGACGACACUCAAUUGCCCACUGUAGUUAAGAAACUAUAUCGCUGCGCACCUUUUAAUCUGGAAGUUUUGAAGAAUUUUCGUCAUCCCAACCUUGUUAAGCUAAUAGGAUACUGUUUGGAAGGUGAAAUUCUCUUCCUCGUGUAUGAAUUCAUGCAUAAAGGAAACCUUGAGGAUCUCCUUCAUAGCGGAGCUGUAGCACGACUUCCAUUGGUUACAAAGGUGAAUAUUUUAGUAGAAAUUGCUCGAGGGAUCGUUUUCUUGCAAGAUACACUAUCAAACAGAACAUGGCCGAGAGUUACUGAGUCCCCGCUGUACAGGCAUAAGAUAUUGUUGGAUGAGAAUUUUACGCCAAAGCUUUCAGAUUAUGACGUUACACUUUUAGUAGACGGGCAAUAUAACAUAGCCCAUCCAGAUUAUGAUGGGCCGGGAUUAGUGCUAGAGAGCAAUCUCUCCGGUUAUGAGGUGGUAUUCAUGGAGGUCCUAACAGGAGAACAAAUCUAUAAUUCAAAUAGAUCACUAUGGAUUGACCUUUUGUUCCGUCAAUGUGGAAAAGUGUCAUUGCGUCAUAUUGCACAGUUAUGUUUUGAAAUCUGCAAUGAAGCAGAUUCAAAAUUAAAGAUGCUAAGAAUCUUGAAGGAGCAUGACGAGUUGAUACAAAGGAGAUUGAAGAGCUGGUUGCUUGAUCCACACAGCCAGGAAUGUUAAUGUGUAAUUUUUGUUCCAUUAUAUUUAGGGCCGGCUCAACAUUUGUUGAGGCCUUGUUGAUGCAUUUUUGUGUCUGUCACUAGUCUUGUAAUUUAUGAUGUAUUUUGUACGGUCUUUUAUCGUUUAUCGAGUCUGUAUUUGCCGUCGACCAAGUCGGAUAUCCUCCUAUCCGCUUGUGUCCGACUUGUUUGUCUCCUUUUGUUAUGUAAUGGUCUAUGAACAAUGCAUGUUGCAUGUAA